CGAAAUGAUGCAUCUCUCCGGAUUUUAACAAUCUUCCGUCUGCUCAGUGCUCACUGACACUCAGCAGCGACUCGGGAAUGCAUGGGCGCCUCCUGGGGCCGACGCUGUCUUCCUAGUGCUUAAUCUCCUCUGUCAAUCUGCUGGAGGCGCCAAAGGACUGCCAUGUCCUGGGAUACGCCGCUGGCCAUUUUUUGUGCUGCCCGAGCUUGCUCUGGCUUCCUUGAACGACUGUGUCUAAAUCCGCCAAUCUGACGCCGGUCACUUGGUGGCUGUGAACCGUGGCAACGUCCUGGUGAGGCAGCGUGCAUGAGAAGACGCCGCUCGAACACGAGGCAAAUCACUCCACCUCUUAACUUGGACCAUGUCACAAGCUGAAGAAGAACAGACCGACGAACAAAAGUCCGCAGAAUCGCAGGCUAACGAAGAGCGUAUCGAGCGCGAGAGGGCCAGCGGGAACAAACUCUGGAGUGCCUACAUCAGCGAGGCGCAAAACUACGAUCAGGGUCUCCUCGAUGGCUGGCGCAGCGAGAUGGAUGGUAUGCUGAUCUUCGCCGGUCUCUUCUCUGGCGUUAUCACCACCUUCAUCAUCGAUAGUUAUAAGACGCUUAAUCCCGAUUCGGGCAGCCAGACUGUUGUGCUGCUCAGCCAAACGGUUUUGCUGCUCAGCCAGAUCUCGCAACAACUUGCGAACAUGAAUAACGGGACUGCAAUGGCGGACACACUGCCUCCCGCCACUGCCUUCUCGCCCCCGGUCUCAGCGCUCGUCUGCAACGCACUCUGGUUCACCAGUCUCGCACUGAGCUUGUCGAGUGCACUCGUCGCGACUCUGGUUAAGCAGUGGGCGCAGGAGUACCAACACCGCACAUCGAUGUUCUCGUCUCCUUCUGUCCGUGCGCGCGUGUACAUGUAUCUGUACUACGGCUUACAACGCUUCAAUAUGCAUGCUGUUGUUGGCGUUCCCCCGCUUCUGCUGCACGCGGCACUGCUCCUCUUCUUUGCGGGUCUCGUCGCAUUUCUGGUGCCCAUCAACAUCAUCAUCACGGGCAUGACAUGCGCUCUGCUGUUCCUCUCUGUCUCGGUCUAUGGAACGUUCACCGCGCUCCCGUUGUUUUUCCUUGACUGUCCGUACCAGACGCCACUCACGCGAAUCCUCUGGUCGCUGAAUCAGAGCUUGGGAAGCGUACUGAGGGCUUAUCUUCGAGGGGCAGCGGCAGUUUGCAAGGCCUUCAUCCGAACCCAAGUCGCUGUGACCGACCUCGAGAAAGACACUGAAUCUGCCGUGUCGAGCACUGAAUCUUGUGUGACAGGCACUGAAUCUUCUGUGACGGGCACUGAAUCUUCUGCACAUACCCGUCCGGAGUCGCAGAGCAUGGUCGACGCCAUGAAAUCAGAAGCACUGCAUCCUCUGGUCAAGACGGAGACCCGGGCGCUCGCAUGGACAGUCCGCUCUCUAUCUGACGACGAGGAGCUCGAGAAACUUGUCGAGGGGCUCCCCCAGACGCUGUGGAAUUCCGAUACGAACAAGCCUCGUAGCGUUUAUCAGGCACUGUUCCAGUCCCUGUUGCGUGAUCCGGAAGUCCAUCUGGGCCAGCGUCUCGCCGAUUUCAUGGCUGGCUCGAACAGCAAUCUGCUCGAGCACAAGGAUCGCGUCCGCCGCCAGCUGUCCGUGCUCCGGGCCAUCUGGGCCAUUUGCGCGUUCUCUCUGCACACCGGGUCGCCUCUACAAAGUCCGAUUGGAGAAGCCAACGUGCACAACGCGUUGCUUGGCUCGAAAUUUCUCAGUUCUCCUGACAUGCAGAGCAUGCUGCCUGACGUGUCCGCUUUGAUCCGUCUCAACAAGAUCGAGUCUCGGAGCCAGGGUGAGGCUUCUGCACAGCCGAGGGACUCCGACACUGAAGCGGAGAAGCAACGGUAUUCGGACAUGCAUCGGACGUAUACACAAUAUCUGCUGGCACUUUCAAAAUGCACUGCCACCUUUCAACGGGAACAGACCAUUUCACUCUUUGAUCGGUCACAAAUGCGCUUCACGGAAGCGGAUGGCUAUAGAACUCUGCAUGACGCUCUCGGACAGCUGAUCAAAUCAGCGUUGGACAGGACAGCGGACGAGACAACAGCAGACAACGUCGUCUUUGCUGCUCGUCUGAUGAUCAGCCCGUUUGCCCACACAUCGGAAUAUCCAGUGAUGCCGGUGUUGCGCCUUUUGGUGUCGCUGGUUACCCAGGGCCAGACAUCGGAAUAUCCGCAGUUAUCGCUGCUGGGUCUUGGGCCGUUCCUUGUCCGACAUCCGUCCCUCGCCGCCUCCGACCCAAAACUCGACUCAAAGCAUCAUUACACCCGAUUUCUGUGCCACAAGCUAUGCGACAACUUGAAGUUACGAUUUGAUCCCCAGGAAUCUGUCGAGGCCCUCCAGCUUAUCUAUCGGAAUUUGCUCGAGUCCGAUGUUCCACCAAGCGACUGGGAUACCCAUCUGUUGGUCCUCCGCACUCUGCGCACUCAUGCAGCCAACAUCCGCACGCACCGUUUGGCUGCCAUUGUCCAGUGCAUCGUGCUCAAAUGUUUCCGGGACUAUUUGUCGGAAUGGCAGCGAUUGCCGAGUAUUUUCCAGGACGAGCACUGGUUCCGUUCCAAGCUCGGCCUUGACAACAAUAAACGAACAGAGCGGGCAUCGGCUGAGCAAGUUUACAAGUGUGCACGUAUAGGUGUUUGGACCACCCUCUUCGAGCAGUGCACCACCCGGAGUCCGGAUCAAACGGAGCGCAACAUGGACUUUGACACACUCAAAGCGGUACGUCACACAGACAAGUACAUUUAUUCGGUGAUCCCGACUGGAUUGCAACGUCGAUUUGCCAACGCCGUGUCUGCAUUCAUCCGCAAAUAUCCAAAGGGCUGUCUUGCAGAUGAGAACGGGCUCUUCUGGGUGCUUGACCAGGCUGUCAAUAAGUACAGGAGGUGGAUGACCGAUGUGGGUGUGUUGCGCGUCCUGGACACGGCUGUGUCGGAGGUGCAGACGGACGAUCAGCAGCAAGAACACCGGGACAACGCUGCAACAAUCCGCGGAUACAUGCAGGAGUGGCUUCUUCUGCCCGAGGACAUUUUUGCUGCCUUUGUCUCGCUCGUGAGUGAUGGGGAAUGAAGGGACCAUUGCAGAAGGUGUCAUUUUCCUUUGAUUUCGCCUGAAUCCAUGUAUGCUGUAUAUUCAACGAGAUCCUCUUCACUUCGCCUGAGACCCUU